AUGGCUGCUUCAUCAUCUUCUUCUCAAGAAAAGUAUGAGGCGUUUCUAAGUUUCAGGGGCGAGGACACCCGCGAUGGUUUUACUGGACAUCUUUAUAAUGCUCUGUGUCAAAAGCAUAUCAACACAUUCAAGGAUGAUGAAAACCUUAAAAGCGGGCAUAAGAUAUCAGAAAUUAUGGAUGCGAUUAAAGAAUCUAAGAUUUGCAUAGUAGUUUUCUCCAAAGAUUUUGCAUCUUCCACAUGGUGUUUGGAUGAAGUGGUUUGCAUACUCGAAUGCAAGAGUGAUGGAAAUGAUAUUAUGCCCAUUUUUUAUGGCAUAGAUCCAUCCAUUGUACGGAAACAGGAGCAGAGUUAUGCAGUAUCAUUUGGUAAACAUGAACAACGUUUUAAGGACAAAAUGGACAUGGUGCAGCAUUGGAGGGAUGCUCUCAAUGAAGUGGCUGCUCUCAGUGGUUAUGAUUCAAAGAAUAAAAGGCCUGAAUACAAGUUUAUAGAUGAAAUUGUUGAAGAUAUUUUGUCGAAGUUGUUUAGAUACCAAUCACCCUGUGAUCAUUCCAAGUGGGGAUUAAUUGGAAUUGAAAAUCAUAUAGAGGAAAUUGAAGGAUUAUUAUGCAUUGACUCAAUGGAUGUUCGCACCAUAGGUCUUUAUGGCAUGGGCGGUAUUGGAAAGACCACCCUUGCUCUUGCUGUAUUUCAAAAGUUAUCUCAUCAUUUCGAAAGUUGUUGCUUUCUUCGCAAUGUUAGAGAAGAAUAUGAAAAGCAUGGCGUAAUGGAAUUGAGAAAGGAACUUCUUUCCCAGCUGUUCUAUCAUGAUAAAACUAUUCCGAGCUUGGAAUCAACUCAUCUUCAAGAAAGACUCUGCCGCACAAAGGUUCUUAUAGUUUUAGAUGAUUUGGAUGAUGCAAUAUCCCAAUUAAAUGAAUUGUUACCUAAAGAGUACAAUUUUGGUGCUAGAAGCAGAAUUAUUGUCACAACUAGGGAUGCACAACUGCUUAAAUCAAGGACAGAUAAAGUUUACGAGGUUAAGAGGUUAAAUGAUGUUGAAGCUCUUAAGCUCUUCCGCUUACAUGCUUUUGAAAAUAAUUGUGAUCUUGAAGGAUACAAAGCUUUAUAA